AUGAGUCCUCGAAAAGUUCACAUUGGUAUUGUUGGUGCGGGGAUCGGUGGUUUAGCUGCAGCUAUCGCUAUGAGUCGAGCGGGCGCCCAAGUCACUGUGUUGGAGGCCGCGGAAGAAUUGGGUGAGAUCGGUGCAGGAAUCCAAAUGACCCCGAAUGUGUCUGUGCUCCUUCAACGCUGGGGCGUGGACAAGAUUAUUGGGGAGAACCUGGUACAAUUUGAGGAACUAAAUAUGCGGCGUAAGGAUGGCACGCCGGUUGGGUAUACGAAGAUUGAUACCAUUGAGAGAGACUUACAACGACCAUGGUGGGUGGUCCAUAGGGCACAUCUCCAUGAGGGGAUGGCUACAAUUGCGACACAGGCCGGGUCUACAAUUAAGAUCAAUUCGCGGGUUGUCGAAAUCCAGCAUCAAACAAGUCCAGUAAUAGUGAAAACCCAGAAAGGGGAUUCCUACACAUUUGAUCUCUGUGUUGGUGCCGACGGAAUCAACAGUGUCGUGCGUCAGACAUUGUUUCCUGGUGUUCGCCCAGAGCCCCCAACUACUAAUUGUGCAUAUCGGGCUAUUGUACCGUAUGAUCAGAUUCGUCAGGAUCCGGUUGCCAAAGAACUUGUGGAAAAACUCACAAUGGAGGUCUGGAUGGCUCCUAAAUCCUACAUUAUUACCUACCCAAUAUCGGCAGGUAAGAUGUUCAACUUGGUGCUCUCGCACCAUCGACCAGACAAGCUACGAGCAACUCAAGACACUGUGCUCCUUGAGGAAAUGCGGGAAGAGUAUAAGGAUUACGAUCCACGCAUUAAACGAAUUGUUGAUAUGAUCCCAGAAGUGUCUCGCUGGCCACUUAUGGUGACCGGGCCCUUGAAGUCUUGGUCAUCGCCCCAAAAUAAUGUGGUUCUUAUUGGCGAUGCAGCCCAUUCCAUGGUGAACCAUAUGGCCCAAGGGGCAGCCACCUCAAUGGAAGAUGGCGCUUUUCUGGCCAAGUGUGUUGAAGCCAUUGUCCAGGGCAAAAUAGGGGUGAACGAAGCCAUUGAGAUCUACGAAUCUGAACGCAUGCCCAAAGCCCACGCGAAACAGCAGGUAUCCUUCAUCAACGGAGCAAUCUGGCAGCUGCCCGACGGGCCAUUACAACAGGGGCGUGAUAGAGCAAUGGCCCCCGAGCUUCAAGGCAAGUAUUUCGUGCGGAGCAGUAAUCUCUACGGAGAUCCGCAGACCGUGUUGGAUGUUUAUGGCUAUGACGUCGAAGGACAUGCCGAAGAUGCGGUGCGAAAAUACUGUAAUGACGGUAUGGAGCAUGUUCAUCCUGUGACAGGCGUCACUCCUGGGCUGCAGCGAAAGUAUAUGGAUUGGUUCUUGCCGGAUCAAAACACGCAAGCUGGGAAGCUAUAA